AUGAGUGUUUUUGUAUGCGGACCUGCUAUUCUUAAGGAGGCUAAUGGAAAAGAAGACUUGGGAAAGAACCUCCUGAAGCUUCGGAAUGACCAGAAAGAGGCUGUGCUGAAGUUUUCCAUCACGUGGAACACAAACUGGCGGAACUACCUCGAGGCUCAGGCAGUGGUGGAAACCCUCCUCAAGCAUGAGACGCCAGAGAGCCUCUUGCAAUACGAAGGGAUCAAAGCAGCUGUGGAGUCUCUCCUACCAUACACAGAACGGCACUUCCAGAGGCUAGGCCAGUUACUGCAGGCCUCCAUGUUCCUCGAUUUCAUGUCGCAAAACAGGAAGCUGCCUGACGCCGCCAAGUGGGACGAGGAGAUGGACACGUGA